AUAUCCAGAUCAGUGGUGGCAAUCACGCAGGUGUUGCCAAAGUCAACGGCGGCGAGUUUGGUGUCGACCUCGACAUCAAUACCGCGUCUGCCAUUGACGGCGUCAAUCUCGGAAUCGACUGGUCCCAGCUGGGCACCGACCUGGUCGAUUCGCACAACUCCUCGCUGAGCGCAGUACAUACGCAUGGUGACUUUGUCAGUCAAGAUCAGAUAUCUCCCCCGACUUCAGCCUCAACCCCAGCCCCAUCUUCAACAUGACACUAUCAGACAACAGUCUCUCAGAUGUCUCGUUGUCCCCUUCGGACUACGUAGACCCCAUCCUGUUCCCUCCCACACCUCUGUCAGCAACCACCCCUGUCCUGGCUGGCAGCAACUACUCCCCUCCACUCCAUGGCAAUCUCAAGCCGAGCACCACCUCUGGCCGCAACAAGCGCAAGGCAUCGGAACACGAGGACCCAGAUGUGCUUUUGAAGCGUCAACGCAACAACAUCGCGGCACGCAAGUACCGCCAGAAGCGCAUCGACCGCAUCGACGAGCUCGAGGCAGAAGUCGAGGAGAUCAAGAAGGAACGUGACGACCUACGGCUACGACUGGCACGGCAGGAAGCUGAGACGGCAGCACUGAAGUUGAUGCUGCAGAUGAAGAACGACGAGGCCGCGAAGAAAUAGUUGUGCAGAUACCUUUUCCCUUGUCUGGCAGGCGCAAAUGAUUGAAAGAAUGAAAUCGAUACCCAUCAAUGACGUUUCUACC